AUGCAAAAUAUACUCCAAGUCAUUAAAUCCAAAUACCAAGCUCAGUUCCCUACCUCUUCAACUCCUCCCGAAUUCCUCAUAUUCUUCAACGAUUUGCCCACAAACGAUUUCAACACCCUCUUCACUUCUCUCCCAAAACAACUCAACUAUUUUCCAGCGGCCGUGCCGGGAUCUUUUCAUGGCCGAUUGUUUCCCGAAUCGUCAGUCCAUCUUGUGCAUGCUGCUUGCGCAAUGCAUUGGCUCUCUAAGAUGCCGGAAGAGUUGGUGGAUGGAAAUUCUCCGGCGUGGAAUAAAGGGAGGGUUCACUAUACAAAUGCGGUAGAGGGUGUAGGUAGGGCAUAUGCUAAGCAAUUUGCAGAGGACAUGGAGAGGUUUCUGAGUGCUCGAGCGGUGGAGAUCGUAAGUGGAGGGAUGAUUGUGAUAAUCAUGGCUGGCGUCCCACAUGGGAUGCCUUAUAUUCAACUCCCAGCUGGGUUGAUGUAUGAUUGCAUGGGAUCAAUUCUCAUGGAAAUGGCUACUCAGGGUUUAGUGAGUGAAGAUCAAGUUGAUGGGUUCAACUUGCCACUGUACGCUGCGUCCCCAGAGGAGAUGUCAGAUCUUGUGGAGAGAAACGGGGAGUUUAGCAUUGAGAAAAUGGAGUUAACAAAUCCUGCUUCGUGGUUAAAAGGUCCAGUAGAUAUAAGAGAUUGGGUGAUUCACAUGCGAGCUGUACUGGAGAAGCUUUUUACCACCCACUUUGGAAGUGAAAUAAUUGAUGAAUUUUUUGAACGCCUGGUUAAAAGUCUUUCUGCCAUUUCCAACCAGAUUGAAUCAAGCUAUAGAGAAGGAAUUCAAUUACUUGCUGUGUUAAAGCGUAAGUGA